CCUAGCGUUCAAAGUUUCAAAGGCUCCUUCUGCCGCCGCCCUCCAUCAAAAUUCAGUCUAUAUAUAAGUAGAAAUAAUAAAGCAGUAUUUUGAGGAAAUAAUCAAUUUUCUAAAUGGAAUCAGCCAAUUUGCAAUUGCCUGCUGGAUUUAGAUUUCACCCAACCGAUGAAGAGCUCGUGAUGCAUUACCUGUGCCGGAAAUGUGCUUCUCAGCCGAUUUCAGCUCCGAUUAUUGCAGAAAUUGACUUGUACAAGUAUGACCCAUGGGACCUUCCUGAAUUGUCUUUGUAUGGUGAGAAGGAGUGGUACUUUUUUUCUCCAAGGGACAGGAAAUACCCGAAUGGUUCGAGGCCGAAUCGGGCUGCUGGAGUUGGGUACUGGAAGGCAACCGGGGCCGAUAAGCCUAUUGGGAAGCCGAAGCCGGUUGGAAUUAAGAAAGCCUUGGUUUUCUAUGCCGGGAAGGCACCGAGGGGUGAGAAAACCAAUUGGAUCAUGCAUGAGUACCGGCUUGCGGAUGUGGACCGAUCGGUUCGAAACAAGAAGAACAUCUUGAGGCUGGAUGAUUGGGUGCUAUGCCGCAUAUACAACAAAAAGGGAUCCAUUGAGAAGCAACGCGUCAACAGCCGCAAAGUUAUGACACCAGAGGAAGAUAAGAAGCCCGUCAUCACGACGUCAUCUCCUCUGGUGCACAAGGACUUCAUGCACCUCGAAGCAUGUGAUUCUGUCCCAAAGCUCGAUUCGAGCUGCUCUGAACAUGUGCUGUCCCCUGAGUUCACGUGCGAGAGGGAGGUGCAGAGCCAGCCCGGCCUUAAUUUUCCGUUGAAUUACAUGGAUGUCACUGGCUCUGUGGAUAAUUUUAAUGCGUUUUUUGGUUCUCAACAAUAUCAGAGCAGUUUUCAGGUGGACUCGGUGCAUGAUAUGUUCACUUAUCUCACAAAAUGAGGAGCCAAUGUUCUUGAUUGAUUCCACGACGCCGUCAUGAUCUUUGUAUAUUAGCAGCCCCAUCUUAAGUAAUGGUGUGUCGUGACACAGGAGAUCCUUGAGGUCUAUGAGUGUGCACGUGCAAAUAUUAUGAUAGAAAUUAGUAUAGUAAUUGUACUUUGGGGCUCGUUAGUAUAAUGAAUGCUAGUGUGUAUUUGCUUAUAUUA